AUGCGUAGCAGGGAAAAUCGGAUGCGGGCGGUCGAAGUGAGCAGCAGAUUGACAGAGCAUGUCGGUGGUGGAAGUGGCGACAGAUUGACGGCGCUUGAAUAUGCACGAAUCAGAAUCAAAAGUAGAACCAGAACCACUCCACAGUCAUCAGUCAUGGGAUGGGGUCAUAAUGAUGAGUUUUUUGAUGCUGUUGAGUACGGGAAAAGAGUACAACGACUUCUCAAAUAUGGCGUUAGGGCCAUCUACCUUCCUCUGCUCGCUUCCACUGUCAUCGGACAGGUUUUUUACACCACCGAAAGCGGCCACCGCGGUGUUAUAUUUCAUCGUUUCCUUGGCGUUCUCAAUUACAGUGUUGGCGAAGGUGCACACUUCUACAUACCGUGGCUUCAAAAACCCUACAUAUUCGAUGUUCGCACGCGUCCCUACACCUUCUCCUCUGUUAUAGGCACAAAAGAUCUCCAGGAGGUGGAGCUCACUGUGCGUGUGCUAUCACACCCUCAGCUUCAGUCACUCCCUAAGAUUCUCGAAACCCUUGGACAUUCCUACGAUCAAAAUACUCUUCUUCCUUCAAUUGUAAAUAAUGUUGUCCGCAAGGUUGUAGCACAGCUAAAUGCUGACCAGCUGCUUUCACAACAUUCUCAUGUUUCUAAACUUGUUCGCGAGGCUAUGGUGCAAAAGGCAAAGGAGUCUUACAUUUUUGUGGAUGAUGUGUCGAUCACUGAUUUAUCCUACAGUGAGGAGUUUGUAAAGAGUGUGGAGCAGAAACAGGUGGCAAAGGUGGAAGAGGAGCGGUCUAAACUAGCGGUGGCAAAAGCAGAGCAAGAGAAGAAGGCAGUAGUGAUUAAGAGUGAAGGGGAGAGCGAGUGUGCAAAGCUGAUUUCAGAUGCAACUACUGCUGCAGGAUUGGGUUUGAUUCAGCUGAGGAAGAUUGAGGCAUCGAAGACUAAUGCAAUGGUCCUGGGAAGGAACGGGAAUGUGAUGUAUAUCCCCAACAAAAAGAAAAACAACAACAUUAACAUGGUCUUUGGUGGUGCACGGCGCUGAUCUGAGGUGUUUUGCUUGCAUCUCAUCUGCUAUUGACAUUGCCAGUUCUCAUCCACUCACCAAUACAGUUCGUUUCAACGACAUUUGCUGCUUUUUCUUGAUCAUAUGUUGAUUAC